CAAACACAAACCCUGGAUUGAGACGUCGUACCAUGGAAUCAUAACUGAAAACAACGACACUGUGAUUUUGGACCCUCCCCUGGUUGCUUUGGAUAAAGAUGCACCCGUUCCCUUUGCAGGUGAAAUUUGUGCUUUUAAAAUCCACGGGCAAGAAAUGCCCUUCGAGGCCGUUGUGCUGAACAAGACAUCUGGAGAAGGUCGGCUUCGAGCAAGGAGUCCCAUUGACUGUGAGCUGCAGAAGGAAUACACAUUCAUCAUCCAGGCCUAUGACUGUGGCUCAGGACCAGGUGGAACAAACUGGAAGAAAUCUCACAAGGCAGUGGUCCAUAUCCAGGUGAAGGAUGUCAAUGAGUUCUCCCCAGCAUUCAAGGAGAGCGUGUACAAGGCCUCAGUGACAGAGGGGAAGAUCUAUGACAGCAUCCUGCAGGUGGAAGCCACGGACGAGGACUGCUCCCCCCAGUACAGCCAGAUCUGCAACUACGAGAUUGUCACCACAGACGUGCCCUUUGCCAUCGACAGGAACGGUAACAUCAGGAACACCGAGAAACUGAGCUAUGAUAAACAGCACCAGUAUGAGAUAAUGGUGACAGCUUUUGACUGUGGGCAGAAACGUGCAGCAGAAGAUGCCUUGGUGCGAGUUAAUGUCAAACCUGUGUGCAAACCAGGCUGGCAAGACUGGAACAAACGGAUUGAAUACAGGCCGGGCUCUGGCAGCAUACCCUUGUUUCCCAGCAUCCACCUAGAGACGUGUGAUGGACCAGUGUCCUCAAUCCACACCACCAUUGAACUGCAGACCACCUACAUCGGAAAGGGCUGCGACCGUGAAACCUACUCGGAAAAGUCUCUGCAGAAGUUAUGUGGAGCUUCCUCUGGUGCCAUUGACCUGUUGCCAUCUCCCAGUGCAACGACCAACUGGACAGCUGGGCUCCUCAUGGAUAGCAACGACAUCAUUUUUAAAUUUGAUGGAAAGCAAGGAGCCAAAAUCCCAGAUGGAAUAGUCCCAAAAAAUUUAACUGAUCAAUUCACCAUCACUCUGUGGAUGAAACACGGACCUAGUCCUGGAUUAAGAGCUGAGAAGGAGACUAUUCUCUGCAACUCUGACAAGACAGAGAUGAACCGGCACCACUACGCGCUGUACGUGCACAACUGCCGCCUCGUCUUCCUGCUGCGCAAGGACUUCGACCAGGCCGACACCUUCCGCCCCGCCGAGUUCCACUGGAAGCUCGACCAGAUCUGUGACAAGGAGUGGCACUACUACGUGGUGAACGUGGAGUUCCCCGUGGUGACGCUGUACAUGGACGGGACAACCUACGAGCCCUACCUGGUGACCAACGACUGGCCCAUCCACCCCUCCCACAUCGCCAUGCAGCUCACAGUGGGGGCUUGCUGGCAAGGAGGUGAAGUCACCAAGCCCAGGUUUGCUCAGUACUUCCAUGGCAGCCUGGCCAGUCUGACAAUCCGGCCAGGGAAAAUUGAGAGUCAGAAAGUGAUUUCCUGUUUGCAGGCCUGCAAGGAAGGUCUCGAUAUUAAUUCUCUUGAGAGUCUUGGCCAAGGAAUAAAGUAUCACUUCAACCCUUCCCAGUCAGUCCUUGUCAUGGAAGGAGAUGACAUUAAGAAUAUAAAUCAAGCCCUCCGAAAAGUCUCAUACAUCAACUCCAGACAGUUUCCUACUGCAGGCAUACGACGUCUCAAAGUCUCAUCUAAAGUUCAAUGUUUUGGUGAAGAUGUCUGCAUUAGUAUCCCAGAUAUAGAUGCCUAUGUAAUGGUGUUUCAGGCCAAUGAGCCCAAGAUUACCAUAACUGGGAUGGACCACUUUGCUAGACCAGCUGCACAGUUUGAAAGUGAAAGAGGGGUUAUUUUGUUACCUGACAUCAGGAUUGUCAGCACGGUCACUAAAAUGGAGCAUUCAGUGGACUUCAGAGAACAUGACAGAGUCAAUAAGCAGCUGGUAGUAGAGGAAAUGCUCCACAACUUGGAUUUCUGUGAUGUUUUGGUCAUUGGUGCAGAACUAGACCCUGAACAAGAGUGUUUGGAACUAGAUAAUGGGGAGCUUCAAGGAAAACAUCUAGAUGCCACAAAUUCCACUGCAGGAUAUUCAAUCUAUGGUGUGGACAGCAUGUUCAGCUACGAGCAGGUGCUGCGACAGCUCCGCUACCGCAACUGGGGCACCUCGGCCACCGCCGACAGGAAGUUCAGGGUCAAGUGCUCCGAGCUCAACGGGCGCUACACCAGCAACGAGUUCAACCUGGAGGUUAAUAUUCUACACAGUUCCAACUCCAACUUCAUGGACCAUGUAAAUCACAUGAUAGUUCAGCCUCAAUUUCUCCAGUCUGUUCAGCACCCUGAGGGGAGUGUAAGUGCAGUUCGCAGCUCAGUGGUUCCCAGCGUGGCCGCGCUGGUUGUCGUCACCUGCGUGAGCGUGCUGGUGCUGGUGGUCGCGCUGGGCGCGCUGCGGCUGCGCACGGCCCGGCAGCGCCGGGGAGCCAAGGACGGCGACAUGGACUGGGACGACUCUGCCCUCACCAUCACCGUCAACCCCAUGGAGAAAUAUGAAAAGCCUCACCAGACAGAAGAGGAGAGUGAGGAAGAAGACAUAGACGAUGAAGAGGAAGACACAACCAGUGCUGAAUCAGAUGACAGUGAAGAGGAUGAAGAGGAGGAGGAAGUAAUUGUCCAAAAGGGAGACGAACAGAAUUCCACCAGGCAAGAGCAGUUGGAGUGGGAUGAUUCAACACUCCCCUACUAACAAACAGCCCUCCUGCCACAGCUCUUUUGUAACAACCAAUACAAUGUUUUUUCAGAGUCUAUGACAUUGACAGGAUUUGAACUUCUGCUUGCCUAUAACUGUUUUGCCUAAAAUGAUCUUGUUGUAGUAAUUGAUAAUGAUAGAACUGACCCUUUUCUUACAAAGCCUGGGGGGAAAAAUGGUACAAACCUCCUGGCACACACAGUAGUAAAGUAAUCCAGAACUUGAUCUGUCAGCAAGCAUAGUUCUCAAUUUCCUGUUUCUGUUCUGCAGACGUGUGACGAAAGUCCUGUCACUCGAUCCAUAGAAGUUUUUGCCUUUGCUACUUUUUUCACACAGGAGAGAUUUCAGCUUGUUACGAAGAAUUACUUCUGUGGGUCCAAAUACCAGUUGCCAUCUAACUUCACACUCUUAGAGGUGUAGAAAACAUAAUCCACCUCCAAAUUGGGGCAGGGCUUUAGUGCUGCUGGGGCUGAUUUCCAUCUGUCAUCUCAUCCUGCCUUUUGGAUGUUAACUGUCUUCUACAAGGGAAUAUCUAGGACUUGACAGGGGAUGCAUGUGUGCCUGUGUAGAUGUGGGUGGUGUAUUUUUUCAGGCAUGCUGUCAGACCCUCAAGAGAGGGAUUUUUAUCCAAUCUACUGAUAGAAAUUAAAAACGAGUUAUUAAAAAAAAAAAAAAAAAAACAAGAAGAGGCUGCUGAAGGUUACCAAAAAAACCCCGGUUUGUUCUGUGUCCACAGAUUGAGUAAUAUGGUCUUAUGCAAACUGUAAAUUCUAAUGGGAUUGAUUCACUGAAAAUCUGUCGAGCUGCUCAUUAGUUAUGGAUUGAGCAAUUUGCAGCAAAUCGAUGCUUUAAACCGUCUGUCUCAUGAAAUCAUUAGCUUGCUGCAGCAUCUGACUGAACUAGUGGAAAAUAAGUAACCCCAUUAUUCCAUAGCUAUGUAUGGCUGGGAUUUAAGCAAUUAUUUUAGGUGAGGAAAACGUUAUAUUUUGCUUAGUGAAUGCCAGCUGGAAUUCCUGUCUGACUGUACUCUAUAAAAACAUGAUGCCCUAUUUCUUCUGUACCCCUGCCUGCCUGUAGUGCACAAGAGAAAGGAACAGCACUGUGAGCCCUCUUCUGUGCUCGUAAUUCUCCCUUAUUUCUUCUUCCUGAAGUCAUUAGUGUUGACAGAAGGUUUUAUAAAGUAGACAAAGAAAAAUAAAACCUACACGGAACCAAAACAGCUGAAAACAAAAACUAAAAUCUGAAGAGGUUGAGAGAGUAUUUUAGUUUGUUAUGGUAACACAGCGUAUUUUUCUUAAACACUGUUUAAAAAGAAAAAAAAAAAAAAAAAAGACAAAGCAGAACUACAUAUCCAACGUGUUGAUAAGUCUGUGUGGUGUGUUUUAUGUCCCCUUUCCUUAAGUACCUUUACAUCUUCAGCUGCUCUGCUCACCAUAUGCUGCCACACUUGCUGGGAUAGCUGCUCCAAUGUGUAGAAACAAAAUGGCAUGGAAGUGAAUGCUGCUUAGUGGCUUGUCUGGGCUAUAUUCCUGAGUACUUUGUUUUCUUUGUUUUACUUUGGCUUUUGCAAUCUGCUGUUGAAAAUGAACUGCUUCCCCCUCUCCACUCUCCUGGUCAGUCUUGCCACAACAGGACCUUCCUGAGCACCCUGAAUGGUGGCUGAUGUUGCAGAGGGUGCUUGGAGCAAUCUUGAGGGAAUCCACCUCCCUCAAUACUGGAUUAUUAACAGCUCCUGAAUGUUGUGGGGUAUAGGGAAUAUAGAGUGUGUGUGGGGGUUCUUGUAAUUCCAGUUUCUGCAUUUGAUAGCUGAAGGGAAAUACUGACAGCAACUAGGCCUUGUAGUUGAAUAACUAGAAAGUAAAUGAAAGAAAAAUCUAUAUUAAUUUUAAAAUGAGAGGUAUUUAUGUUUUUAUUUGUUGUGCCAGGAAUCAUGUUGUCACAUGGUUGUUAAGAUUGGCAACACAGCAGUUUUCUUUUGUUCUCAAUCCUGCUCCAUUUUAUUCUCUCACACGUGUUGAACUUAGAAGAAUAUUUGCAGAAUCAAGGCCACAUAAGUACAUUUUAUCUGCAGGAAUAACAACUGUAAAAAUCUCCACAGUUUCUGUUUAAUACAAAAUUAACAUUAAUAUUUCUGAAUAUCUUUAACAAAAAUGUUAUGUUAGAUCAGUUCCUACCAUCCCAGUAUCCUAGAUAAUUUCCUAGUUUUAAUUUUCUUAGUGACAUGAAGCAGGCUCUUCAUGAUGCUUGUUAUCAGCACAUAUCAGCAAAUCUUUCUUCUCAGAAAAAAAAGAUUUAAAAUUAAAUGUAGAUAUUUAAAACUCAGUUUCAGAUUUAAAACUGGACUUAAGUUAUUAUAAAGUUUCUGUUAUUCCCAAUUAUUAUUAUUAUUAUUAUUGGUGGUGGUGGUGGUGUUAUCAUAGCAAACAUUAGAUCAACUUAAAAACAGCAAUUUACAACCUUAUUGAAAGCCUUUAAUUCUUUUAUAUGCUUGUGAAUUCAUCAGUGUGUUUCUCCAUCUAAUAGACUUUUAUCUUUUUGUUACUGGAUCUUUUCAGGUUGUACUCAUACAUUACAUAAGAAGCAAACAAAGUAUUUUCUCUACUGUAAAUAAACCUACAUUUUUAAACCUAAGCAAAGUAAUACAGGCAUGUGUGUUAUCACUAAAACGUGGUUUGCAGUAAGAUAUCCAGCAAACUAAAAUGUAUCACCAUUCUUAUUUUAGAUUACUCGUUGGAGUGCAUUAUGCAUCAUUUUUCAUUCAAAUAAAUAGAAGCAUUGUUUUCACAAAAUGGCAGUGAGAAUGAGAUACUUCUUCACACAAUUGGCCAUAGAAUAUUUGUAUAGCCCUGAGAGCAGUGGCUUCCUGAGCAAAACUACUACUAUAAAAUCAGAGAACUAUCAGAGAACUUUUUAUAAAACAAUUCUAACAAUAUUUCCUCCCCUCUAUAAAUUAUUUUUUUAUAACCUACUUGCUUAAAACCAGCCAGAACAUAUACACACAUACAUACAUAAAGACACACACACGUGGAGGUUUUUGCCCUAAUCAAAAGCCAAAAUUCUUUCCUUUCCUUUCCUUCCAGAAAAAAGUGUUUAGAACUGUAAAAGUAUUCAGGUUGGAAAAGACCUCUAAGAUCACUGAGCACUGCCCAGCCCACUGUUAACGUGUCCCCAGGUCCCCCAUUCAGGUGUCUUGGAAUUCCCCCAGGGAUGGAUACUCCACUCUGCCCUGGACAGUCUCUUCCAAUGCCUGACCAUCCUUUCAACGAGGAAAUUGUCCCCAAUAUUCAAUCGAAGCCUACCCUUGUCCUAUCACUUGUUACUUGAGAAGAGAGCCCAACACCACCUGGCUGCAGCCCCCUCUGAGGCAGCUGGAGAGACUGAAAAGGUCCCUCCUGAGCCUCCAUUUCUGCAGGCUGAGCCCCCCCAGCUCCCUCAGCUGCUCAUCACCAGCCUGGUGCUCCAGCCCUUCCCCAGCUCCGUUCCCUUCCCUGGACUCACUGCAGCCCCUCAGGGUCUGGCUUGUGGUGAGGUGCAUUUUUACAAUAGCAAUAAACAAGUGUAUCCAAAGAAAGCAGUUCUGAACAGGUACCCACAACCCAUGGCAUCAGGAAUCCAGAGGUGACAACAGAGGUCUGAAAUUACAUCUCAUCAAUGAUGUCUUUAAGAUUUUGAAGUUCUAUUCUAAGGCUGGGAAAAGCUGCAAAACCUACAAAUGCAGAUUGAAGAUGUUAUCUGAAUUAAAAUAGCUGCCUAAGUGGCUAUUUGUGAUUAAUAGGUCUCAUUUCCCUUUCACUUCUACCCUCUCCACAGGUGUUUUAGCUUUGCAAGUAAACCUUAAAAUGCACAGUUGAGAUUAAUCUCAAUAUUUACUGCAUUGGCUGACACCAGUUCAAAUUCGAAAUAGACAUGUAGGGUU